CAGAUAUCUCAACCACGAUAUAAAUUUAUGAAUGCUAACAAGGAUUGGUUUCUGACUUGGCCAUUUCCAAAGUCAUUUGCUUGGUCAUAUACUCCCCUUCCCGUUCGGAUGGGCUAUAUUAAAAACAAUGGAAUAAUACCUUCGAAGUAUGGAAAUGCUGAAUUAAUGAAAAUACCCAAUUUUUUGCAUUUGACUCCAAACCAUAUCAAGCUACAAUGCGAAUCCAUUAAAAGAUUUUGUACACCGUGGCCUAAGGGACUGGAAAAAGAUGAUAUCUGCAGAAAAUUCUUUCCUUUAAGCAUAACUGUCUCUGAUUAUUUAAUAGAUGGACCAUUGUCACUAAAUGAACAUUCAAGAAAUGUGCUCAUGAAGAUCAACUUGUCUUCAUUGUCUUUAGAUAAAUUUUCUAGAGAAAAGUUCGUCAAACUAUCUAGAAAUUACUACAAGAAAGACAUGUUAUCAUUAGAAUUAAGCAGUUGUCCAACAAGAAAGCAAAAUUACGAUCAUGGCAUUUUCUUAUUAACCGCACUUGUUACAGAAUCAAAGAAACGUGAAUGUUGGGAAGCAGAAAGAUGUUCAAAUGACAUAGAUGAGUAUAUUUGGAAUUUCAGCAAGUCCAAAUUAAAUUUAGAAAAAAUUAUGAAGGUUUUUGUGUUUAUUUAUUUUUUUUUCAUAAAAACAAUUCUGAGUACAUAA